GCAACAGAGCCAAACAGAGCAGGCGCAGUGCACGAGCGUCGUAUGAAGGCAGCUUGACCGUCUGUGAGCCAGACUGAAUCGGUGAAAAAGCAUAUUUUUUUUUAGCUGUGAGACUCUCGCUAUGUCGUGAGAAGAGAUGGCCCUGUCUUCGGGACUGACAUAACGGUCAAAGCGACUCAGUGAACAUGGCCCCAAAUUCCAUCCACUGGUUCCGGAAGGGACUCCGUCUCCAUGACAACCCUGCACUUCAGGAGGCAGUGCGUGGGGCAGACACUGUUCGAUGUGUCUACUUCCUGGAUCCCUGGUUCGCUGGGUCGUCCAAUCUUGGGGUCAACAGGUGGAGAUUUCUCCUGCAGUGCCUGGAUGAUCUUGAUUCCAAUCUAAGAAAACUCAAUUCCCGCCUUUUUGUCAUCCGAGGACAACCAGCCAAUGUUUUUCCACGCCUUUUCAAGGAGUGGAAAAUAUCCAGGUUGACCUUUGAGUAUGACUCCGAGCCAUUUGGGAAGGAGAGGGAUGCAGCUAUUAAAAAGCUUGCGAUGGAAGCUGGAGUUGAAGUCAUUGUCAAGACCUCACACACCCUUUACAACCUCGAUAAGAUCAUUGAGCUAAAUGGUGGUCAGCCUCCCCUCACGUACAAACGUUUCCAGACUCUGAUCAGCCGAAUAGACCCACCGGAGAUGCCAGUGGAAACCCUCUCCAACACCAUUAUGGGCAGCUGCGUCACACCUGUCUCUGAUGACCAUGGGGACAAAUAUGGUGUGCCCUCCCUGGAAGAACUAGGAUUUGACAUUGAGGGACUACCUUCUGCUGUCUGGCCAGGAGGUGAAACAGAGGCAUUAACAAGGAUUGAAAGGCAUCUGGAGCGAAAGGCUUGGGUUGCAAAUUUUGAAAGACCCAGAAUGAAUGCCAACUCUUUGUUGGCCAGUCCGACUGGCCUGAGUCCCUACCUCCGUUUCGGCUGCCUAUCCUGCCGCCUCUUCUAUUUUAAUCUCACAGACCUUUACAGGAAGGUAAAGAAAACCAGCACUCCUCCACUCUCCCUCUACGGUCAGCUGCUGUGGAGGGAAUUUUUCUACACUGCUGCCACCACCAACCCACGAUUUGAUAAGAUGGAAGGCAACCCGAUCUGUGUGCGCAUCCCCUGGGACAAGAACCCAGAGGCUUUGGCCAAGUGGGCUGAAGCUAAGACAGGUUUUCCCUGGAUCGAUGCUAUCAUGACCCAGUUGCGGCAGGAAGGCUGGAUCCACCACCUGGCUCGUCAUGCUGUCGCUUGUUUUCUCACUCGUGGAGACCUGUGGAUCAGUUGGGAAGAGGGCAUGAAGGUGUUUGAGGAGCUUCUUUUGGAUGCUGACUGGAGCGUGAACGCAGGCAGCUGGAUGUGGCUCUCCUGUAGCUCUUUCUUUCAACAGUUCUUUCAUUGCUACUGUCCAGUGAGUUUCGGCAGACGCACCGACCCUAACGGCGAUUUCAUUAGACGAUAUUUACCCAUUCUCCGAGGUUUCCCUGCCAAAUAUAUCUACGACCCAUGGAAUGCCCCAGACUUAGUGCAGGCCGCUGCCAAGUGCAUCAUCGGCGUCCACUACCCCAAACCAAUGGUAAACCACGCUGAAGCGAGCCGCCUCAAUAUCGAGAGGAUGAAGCAGAUCUACCAACAACUUUCACGCUACAGAGGACUUGGACUUCUGGCCUCCGUACCAUCCACACACAACGGAAAUGGGAAUGGGAUGGCGUACUACCCAGGGGAACAGCAGUCCGGGACCAAUACACCAGCACCAACUGUAUCGGGCAGUUCUGUUGCCAGUGCUAACAGGAGUGGAAGUAUUCUGCUGAACUUUGUCAGUGAAGAACACAAGGGACCAAGUGGAAUUCCGCAACAAAAACAGCAGCAAUUAGGAUACCACCACAUGCCCGACACGGGGCACAACAGUCGACUUUACCAAUGUAAUGUCUCGCAUGACAUGGCAGGCCCCCAACAUUCAGGACACCUGCUGCACACAGGAGGAAGCGUGACAGGGAAGAGGGAGAGGGAGUCGGAACGAGAUCUUGAAGGUGAAGAUGACACCCUCUCCAUCUCUCACAAGUUACAACGGAAAAUUGCAGAAGUCACUUCGGGAACCAGUCAAGUAUGGAAAAAUGAACUCAGUUAAAUCCUUGCUGUACUGUAUAAAUAU